UCCAGCCUGGAACAAAGGGAGGAUAUUUUACCCCAAUGCCAACAAAGAAGUCAUCGAAGCAUAUGCAGCUCAGUUCGCUAAGGACAUGGAGGUUUUUCUCUGUGCUAGAGCGCAAGAAGUUGUCCUGGGAGGACUAAUGGCGCUUACCUUUGGCACCCGUCGGGACGGAGCUCCUCAUUCUCAAUUUAUUACCAACAGGUCCCUAGAUUUGUUGGAAUCUUGCCUCGUGGACAUGGUCAAGAAGGGAACUAUAAGUGAAGAAAGAAUGGACGAGUUCAACCUGCCGAUGUAUUACGCGUCCCCCCAAGAAGUGAAAGAAGCUGUAGAAAUGAAUGGGUGUUUCAGCGUCAAGAAAAUGGUGGAGAUGGUUGAUAUCCAUCCUUCAGCGAAUCCUCCAUGGAGAGCGGGUUUGGAGGGACUCUUGAAGGAGCAAAUGCAGUUUGAGGACGAGAUGUUAGAUGAGUUCUUUGAUUCGGUGACCCGAAAGCAUGAAGAGUCGUCUAUCCUCGAGUUUGCGCCAGAAGCUAGUGUCACAUUUGUCCUGCUUAAGCGGAAUGCUGCCAACUAAGGUAAAGCUGGCCUAGUAAGAUGCAUAAAAGCGAGCUUCACUCUUCAGCGCGAGCUACUUUUAUAUAAGUCAAGUUGUUUCAGUCAAUAAGAGCAGCAGAUAUCUGUCUGCGAUGAUAAUCCAAUUUGCAAACAAAUGGAACUUUAAGGCUUUACU